AAUACUGUUUAUUAUAUACUGAAUUGACAGAACGGUUUUCGACAAUUCUCAGCUAAUCAUAGCGAAGAAAUCCUCCCACAGCUUUGGAAUCGCGAACGAUUCGGAAUCGGUAUAUCGAUGGGGAGGGGGAAGAUAGUGAUUCGAAGGAUCGACAACUCGACUAGCAGGCAGGUGACGUUCUCUAAGCGGAGGAAUGGCCUGCUGAAGAAGGCGAAGGAGUUGGGGAUCCUGUGCGACGCUGAGGUUGGAGUUAUCAUCUUCUCCAGCACUUCGAAGCUCUAUGAGUUUUCCAACACAAGUAUGAAGUCGAUCAUCGAACGAUACAACAAAGCAAAAGAUAUACCUAGUCAGUUAGCAAAUCCGGCUUCCGAGGUCAAGUAUUGGCAAAGGGAAGCAGCUAUUCUGAGGCAACGUUUAGAGAAUCUUCGGAUGAAUCAUUGUCAUCUGAUGGGUGAGGAGCUUACCAGUUUGAAUGUCUCAGAACUACAGAAUCUGGAGAACCAAUUGGAGAAUAGUCUCCAGGGUGUCAGAAAGAGGAAGGACCAGGUUUUCACUGAUGAGAUACAGGAAUUGAGUCGAAAGAAAAACUUGAUCCAGCAAGAAAAUUUGGAGCUGCAUAAAAGGGUAAACCUAAUUCAUCCAAAUAAAUGCACACACUCACGCAUAAGAAGACCUAUGACACGUUAUAAAAAUGCUUUAUAUUUCAGCUAUACGGCACAAGUGACACGACAGGAACAGACAGCAAUUCAUUUAUUACUACAAGCCUUAGCAUCAACGAGGAUCCGAAUGCACCUGUCUGUCUUCAGCUUUGCCAGCCGGAGGAAAAGAAUAAUAACAUGCCAGCACCAGCUAAAUUUGGCCUACAACUACUUUAGCAAAGACUAUUAAUCUUCAAGGAUGGAGCAUUUAUGAGGAGUGGUAAAGAAACACUAGAUACCGACUUAAAAACAGAUUAUUGUGUUGGUUUGUGUCCUGAGGGGGUGAAAGAAAUUGUGUUAUUU